AUGAGUACCAACGACAUCCAAGGGACUACAGACAGCAACCCCUCAAGACCACGAGCUCAGUCAACGAACUCAUUCGCCUCCUCUUUCAAAUCUCCACGCGUGGCUCGUUUCGCUGAAGCGACGACAGUCAACUCACCAAUCGAUCCACCUCGAUCGUCGUUCAUAGCUGUACCGACUAAUCACUUUCGCCCACAGCCACAGCCAUCUGACAUCGGUUUUGGGUACAUCGAUGACAAGCAUACUUCGCACGUAACAGUCGAAAUGGAAGACACAGACAACAACCAUCUACCUCGAGGUAGAAGCGACGCACCUUUGAGCCCGCCUCUGAAAAGUGCAAUGAAGACACCCGGUAUGGCUCCACGGAACUUUGGUAACCUUAUGAGUCCCACCUUCCAAGAGGAGCACGUUUUGGAGAAGAGAGAGCUUGCUACUGAGAAGGAACAAGCCAAGGAUCUUAGAGCCGAGAAGGUUCAGACUUACUAUACUGUUUUCGCUGUUGGUUUCUUCGCCUUCAGCAUCGUCAUGUGGGGUAUUGGCGCCGGAGUGCUGAAUACUACCAGGACCAACAGCAACGGACAAGAUAUUUGGGGCUGGUCCUGCAAGGAGAACAAGCGAAAGGAACUAUUCUCUGAUGUUGUCAACUACGCCCUCGUUUGCCGCCUGCAGAACUGGUCUCUGGUAUGUGCGGUGAUUGAGAUCGUUGUCGAGCUUUGCGCAAUCGGCUGUUACUCUUUCGUGUUCUAUCGUAUCUGGUCCAAGAGGAAGCUGCGCAAGUCUAUGGCUGUCCGUGACCGCGCUCGCUCGGAUCUUUACCUUGCGCAAUUGCGUUCUCAAUCUGCACCAAAUACACCCGGUCUGAACGGACCUUUGAGUCCGAGAGAUGGUGGCUGGAGGCCGCCUGUCGACUAUUACAAGGCUGGACCAUCAGUCGAAGCUGGACUAGUAGACAACGAGGGUAUCAGAUACGUCGAUGCAUCUCAACAGUCCACAGCUCCAAAGCCGUUCGUGCUACAGCCACCUCCGACUAAGGGUACAACUCCAAAAAUUCAACAAACCGGAUUUACUCCGCUGAACUACACAUCGCCGGCAGAUUCAAGGUCUCCUUCGCCGGUUCAAGCACAACCCUCAGAACAACAGCAGGAACACUUUGCUGCAGCUCCUGGCGAACAAAUCUACGAGUCUGUGCCAAUUCCAGGGUCAUACAGUAGCCCUCUGAAUUCACCAUCAGUCGCACCGAGACAGAUGAGUUUUUCUCGACCAGGUGGGCAGCUGUGA